AUGUCAAGUGGACAGCCUGAAGAGAAGAAGAAGCACCGCGGCCUCGGUCGCUUGCUCGGUAAACGCGACAAAACCCCAGAACGCCCUGACCAUCUCCCCGAUUCUGCAUAUGGAAGCAGUGAAGCCAAUAGUGCGGAUGGCGCCGUCGCAGGACGAAGCACUCCCGACAUGGUGUCUGCCGAGAAAAACAGCGAAAUAGCCAAUAUCGACCAGGAUCGAAACCUGGCAUUGAGGCCCUCAACGGGCGAAGUCUUUGACGAAGAUACCGGCGAGGUGGUGACAGUUGUGACGACCACCACCACUACCACCACUACCACCACCACAAAAGGAGGGAACAAACAUCAAGACGUGCAAAAGGAUGUCAAGCGCGAAAUUCAACACAGUCCGAGUCGACCACCACUACUGCAGGAAAUGCCUGCAGGGUCUAGUGGAUAUGAGCCAUCCCAGCCUGCGGUAACAUCUACAAGCACAGCUCAGGGUGGACGAGCGCCGGCACCAGUAUCAGCACCAACCCAAGCAUCAGUGCCAGUGUCAAAUGGACGACUCUCUGCUGACAUGCCACCUGUACCGGCCAAGAGUGCCAUGCGGAAGUCAGGCGAGAUGCGCCGAGGCGUCCCCGGGGCCAUGCCGAUGGAUGAUGCUCCUAUCAGCCCUGUUGAUGGGCAUUUUGCAGGCCAGACGGGCACGACGCCUCCUGCUAGUCCAUCGAGGCCGAAUUACAGCUACCCCAGUCGAUCAUCGAUCAGGACGGCUGACCAGCCCAUGAAACACAACCAGAGCACCAUAAAUGAUCUGAGAGCAGCAGCCAGAGGUAUUCACGGAGUGGGAGAGACCCUUCGCGGGACCCUCAGCACGGCUGUUGACAAGCGCUUCCCCGUGAAGAAUACCGAAAAGGCAGCCGUGACCAAUGCUCGGAACGAGGAAAUCCUGCAAAAAGGACGAGCCGAGAUGGAAGGCAUCCCGGGAAGCUGGCCUGGCCAUGAACAGUACCAUGAGCCGGAGCCAACAGCUUACCAUGAGACGACGGCUCCUGUGGUUGAACCACCUCGAACUGUUUCGCCGCCCGAAAAAGAGAAGAAAGGUUUGGGCAAGUUAUUUAAGAGAAAGCCAGUGUCCAUCGGCGAACAAGGUACGGGAACGAGGUGA